AUGGCUGGAAAAAUAAGCAAUACGCCGGCAACAUACACACCGUCGCCAACGAGUCAAAACAAGAAGAGACCCUCCACUGUCACCGGCUCCGAUUGGGUCCGCCCAGACGGCCGUGGCCUCCACCAGUGUCGCCCUGCAUUUCUAAGGACUGGUGCGGUGAAUUCUGCUUCAGGAUCUGCUUACGCUGAGUUUGGAAAUACCAAGGUCAUUGUAUCUGUAUUUGGGCCACGGGAAAGUAAGAAAGCAAUGAUGUACAGUGACAUAGGCAGACUGAAUUGUAAUGUCAGUUAUACAAGCUUUGCUACUCCGAUUCGUGGACAGGCUUCAGAGGGUAAGGAUCUUUCCUCAAUGCUUCACAAAGCUUUGGAAGGUGCCAUCAUACUGGAAUCUUUCCCCAAGACAACUGUAGAUGUAUUUGCUUUGGUGUUGGAGUCUGGUGGAAGCGAUCUCCCAGUGGUUAUAUCAUGCGCCAGUCUUGCUCUAUCAGAUGCAGGGAUUAGGUUGUAUGACAUAGUUGCCUCUGUUUCUAUGUCAUGUCUGGGGAAGAACCUUGUCAUUGAUCCAGUGUCGGAAGAGGAAAGCUAUCAAGAUGGGAGCCUAAUGAUUACUUGCAUGCCAUCUCGUAAUGAAGUUACUCAGAUGACUGUAACAGGAGAAUGGUCGACCCCAAAGAUUCACGAGGCAAUGCAGUUAUGCCUCGAUGCUUGUUGGAAACUGGGGAAGAUCAUGAGAUCAUGCCUAAAAGAAGCUGUUUCUGCUCCAGAAGAAUAG